AUGGGCGUCCAGAGCCGCGCCAUUGUUGAGAAGAAACUCAGUGAGGGCAGCUUGCCCCCAAAUACCGCGGAGAAUAGUGCGCUCAAUAACCCCGGCUAUGGGAACCGAGGACGCAACUAUCUCCUUAGAGGAGUCUUGGUUCUCUGCUCCGAGGGCAUGAUCCAGGAACACGCCACUGGAAAUGUCGUGUGGGGGGUCUCUAGGGCUGGCGCAUUUUGUGCCAUCUUGAAGACCAAGAAACGCUCUAACAAGUGGUUCAUGUCCAACUUUGGCGGCUUCAUGGAGCGCGGACAGUCCUUCAGCGGCUUUGUGGGACGCGGGCAGUCCUCCAACGACUAUAUCGAAAGCGAGAAGAUUGAUAGGGCCACCAACCAUCCGAUUAGGAUUAGCUCCAUGUUUCCACAAAGACAUUGCCGUCGUUAUAUGCCCAUUCGCUACUGCAGCACAGAGAGGGGUAACUUCCUUGAAGUUGCCCUUGGCAUCUGCUAUCUCAGCUCCUCGAUCAAGCAAGCCCUCAAGUAUUGCGACGUCAACCUCAGUUGUGUCGUAUAUUCCAUGGCAAAAUGCUCCAAGUACUGGCAAUCCACCGAGCACGCGAACUUGCGCUCCUUUACGGAGGAGAAUCCUGACCAUAUUCAUAUUUCCGCCUUCCACCGCCAUAUUGCGUAUGAGGUCGCCUCUAUUCAGGUCUCCGGCUCCAACCUUUACAGCGAGCGCAUGCCUGAGCUCAUCAACUAUGAGGGGUCGUUGCGCGUACGUGAGCCAAAAUAG